GGCGGUCCGAAUGUGUAAUGAUAGCACUAACCGAAAGUCUUGUAUUAUGAAUGCAUUGGCGUUCAUUUUGGAAAGUGACAUUGAGCUUGUGGCAAACUAAUUUUAUUAUAUGCGGUUACUGUCACACGGAACGUUAUCUGACACAGGUUUGCUAACGUCGUCACUAAGCUAGUAUGAGCCAACUUGCGGUUACCGGUCUGACAACUAGAGCUGCUGCUGCUAUGGUACCCGGUGAUUUGCUGGAGAUCAGUGCAGAGCAGAAUGGAUCAUGUGAGGGGGCGGUGGCGAUCCUGGAUGCUGGGGCCCAGUAUGGCAAGGUGAUUGACAGACGGGUGCGAGAGAUGUGUGUACGCUCUGAGAUCCUCCCUUUAGAGACCCCGGCCUUUGCUAUCAGAGAACAGGGCUACAGGGCAAUCAUCAUUUCAGGAGGUCCAGCCUCUGUGUAUGCAGAAGAUGCCCCCUGGUUCGACCCUGCCAUUUUCACUAUCGGAAAGCCUGUCCUGGGGAUUUGCUAUGGGAUGCAGAUGAUGAAUAAAGUUUUUGGCGGCACAGUACACAAAAAGAGUGUAAGGGAAGAUGGAGUGUUCAGUAUUGGACUGGACAACACUUGUUCCCUCUUCAGAGGCCUUCAGAAGGAGGAACUGGUCCUGCUGACCCAUGGAGAUAGCGUUGAUAAAGUGGCUGAUGGCUUUAAAGAGGUGGCCCGAUCAGGCAACAUCAUUGCCGGAAUUGCUAAUGAACAGAAGAAGCUGUAUGGGACACAGUUUCACCCUGAAGUGGACUUGACUGAGAGAGGCAUUGAGAUGCUGCGUAACUUCCUUUUCGAGAUUGCAGGAUGCACAAGUAAUUUUACCGUACAGAACCGCGAACAGGUGUGCAUCAACGACAUCAGAGAAAAAGUAGACAAGUCUAAAGUCCUGGUGCUGCUGAGUGGUGGGGUAGACUCAACAGUUUGCACAGCUCUCCUUAACAAAGCUCUUAACCAGGACCAGGUGAUAGCAGUUCACAUCGACAACGGCUUCAUGAGGAAGAGAGAGAGUCAGAGUGUGGAGGAGGCCCUCACCAAGCUGGGCAUCAAACUCAAAGUGGUAAAUGCAGCUCACACCUUCUACAAUGGAACGACAACCCUCCCCAUCUCUGAGGAGGACAGGACGCCACGAAAACGCAUCAGCAAGACUUUGAAUAUGACUACCAACCCAGAAGAGAAAAGGAAAAUCAUUGGAGAUACAUUUGUCAAAGUGGCAAAUGAAGUGAUAGGAGAGAUGAAUCUGAAGCCAGAAGAGGUUUUCCUGGCCCAGGGUACCUUGCGGCCUGAUCUCAUUGAGAGUGCCUCUCACCUCGCCAGCGGCAAGGCAGAGGUCAUCAAAACACACCACAAUGACACUGAGCUCAUCCGCAAACUCAGAGAUGAGGGAAAAGUAAUCGAACCACUGAAAGAUUUCCAUAAAGAUGAGGUCAGAGCGCUGGGGAGGGAGCUGGGCCUGCCAGAGGAGAUUGUCUCCCGACACCCUUUCCCUGGUCCUGGUUUGUCCAUCAGAGUGAUUUGUGCAGAGGAGCCCUACAUCUGUAAGGACUUUGCUGAAACGAACAACAUCCUCAAAAUUAUCACAGACUUCUCUGCAAGCGUCAAAAAGCCCCAUGCCUUGCUGCAGAGAGUCAAGUCGUGCAUAUCUGACGAGGAGGAAGAGAAGCUCUUGCAGAUCACCAGCCUUCAUUCACUCAAUGCCUUCCUGCUGCCCAUCAAAACUGUCGGCGUCCAGGGUGAUUGCCGGUCCUACAGUUACGUGUGCGGCAUCACAAGUAAAGAGUCUCCACACUGGGAAUCUCUCAUGUUCCUGGCUAGACUCAUCCCUCGCAUGUGCCAUAGCAUCAACAGAGUUGUGUAUGUGUUUGGGUCCCACAUGAAAGAGCCGCCAACAGACAUUACCCCAACUUUCCUGACCACAGGUGUUCUGAGCACGCUCAGACAGGCUGACUUUGUAGCUCACUCUAUCCUUCGAGAGUCUGGCUAUUCCGGUAAGAUCAGCCAGAUGCCGGUCAUCCUGACCCCCCUGCACUUUGACCGUGACCCACUGCAAAAGCAGCCAUCCUGCCGACGCUCUGUGGUGGUCCGCACCUUCAUCACCAGCGAUUUCAUGACCGGCAUCCCCGCCACGCCGGGCAACCAUAUCCCAGAGGAGGUGGUGCUGAAGAUGGUGAAUGAGAUCAAGAAGAUCCCAGGCAUCUCCAGAGUCAUGUAUGAUCUGACCUCCAAACCGCCUGGCACCACAGAGUGGGAAUAAAACCCAACAUGAUGUCGUAUCGAUGGGACUCACACACAAUGCACAAACACACUCGACAGAUAUCCGAGAGGGCUGGUGAACUCCUCUCCUUGUCUGUCCUUCCUAUCUCCCUACUUUUCCUCACCCCCGACCCUCCCUCAUGUACCUCCACCCCUCUCUUCAACAUUCCCACGGAAGGCAGACCGUACUGUGACGGGCGCACAUGCAAAGGCGCUACUACUCUGCUCUCCCUACCACUCCUCCCUGGUCUUAAUAUUUUUGGCAAUAUGGAUUGAUUAAUGUUGGUUAUUGGUAAUAUAUUGUCAUUUUUGAUCCAUGUACAUCAAUGUAUUUCCUCUCUUAUGAUGAAAAGAUAAAUUGCUGCUUCCUUUUUUUUGUAAGGUCAACCAUUAAAGGCGAGCAGUAAGAAGCUGUGAAAGUUCAGAAAGUAGACUUUCAUGUUGUGCCUCAGGUUGCAUUAUGGGACGAGCUAAACAUAAAAACAAGCAAACAAAAGUCAUGAAAAGAACAGAAGGAGAGUUUCAGCAAUUGUUUUCCUGCCUUUUUUGUCAGAUGUUUUUUGUUUCACUGUUGUAGGUCAGAAUACUAUUCUCUCUAUUUGUCCAUUUUCACUUUCUGCCUGUAUACUGUGCUAUGAAGAAGGUUGCCUGUUUUUAAACUAAAAACUAAAAAUGCAACCAAUGUGACCAAUCAAUUUUUAAGCUUUUUGUUUUGCCAAAAGUAGAAUAUAUGCUGUGUUGAUAUAUAACAUUGUGGGUUCAUCUGACGAUCUUCUCCAAGCUACAUUUGUUGACCAGAGCUCUUGACUUGCUGCUGUAGCACAUUGUGGACAGCAGUCAAACCAAGAUUAGCUUCAGUAUGAUGACUAGUGUGCAGGAGGCCAAUAUGAUGGGUAACUUUGUAUGUGCCUGUUCUAUUGAUUUUGUUUAUUUCGUUGGUGUGACCUGACCUGGACUUUAAUGUUUCCAGAAAGGAGGAUAUAACAUCGUUUCUCCUCAUGCUGCAAUAUGUAAGCUUUUUAUGAAGAAUAAACAUGACGGGAGGACUAACUAAUGACAAAAUUAUAAGCACGGUAGAGUUAUAACCACAUUCUGUAAAUUGCUGUUGUCAUUUCAUCAUUAUUUGGCUGUUCUUUUGUUGUGCAGUGGUACAUUUUUGCACGUUGUCUUUUUAGUUUUUCACCCAUAUCUCUGUAGUGUUAAACGUCAGUUUAAGAGCACUGUCUGUUGGCAUCUCUAACGUAACUUCACUUUGUCUCAAAAAGGCAUUUGAUGCUUCAUUUUUCUGAUCUCAAAACAUGCAGUGCAUCAUACUCUCUAGUGUCUCUCGUGGUUUAGACCUCAGUGAAUACAGUGCUCAGGUUUAACUGAGAUUUAAAAACGUAUUGUACCCCGAUAGAGACAUUUCACUUGGACGCGGUGGUUCUCAUGCCUCCAGUAUUUGUCUUUGUGCCUCAUCCUCUGUUAUCUCCUUAAGCUUUAGUGGCAAAAAUACUCUUAAUGCAAAAUGAAUUGUUUUCCUAACUUGUCUUAACUGCUAUAAGUGUUUCUCCCUCUGUUCUGCAUUUAAUACGUGUAUUUUCUGUUACAUGUCUCCACAGAAAAACAACUUAAUAAAAUUGGACACAUACUUUUGUAGUUGAAUUUAAUUGCAAUAUCAAUAAGAUUAAGUUAUGCAAUUUAAUGUUUUUUUUUUAUUUUUAUUUUUUAUUUUAAAUGUUUGUUCAAUGCCCAUUCUCCUUAGUAACGUGCCUCAAAUUAAGCCACUGCAUGCAGUUUCAACUAUGAUGACAUUUGUACAAUGGAAAACUGAGCUUUAAUAAAGAUCUCCAUGUUGAAACUUC